AUGCCGCGCGAGAUCUAUCCUAAGUACCCUCCGGAUCUCAACGAGGAGCAGCUCCAAUACCUGAUUACUAAUGUCAAAGACUGGUCCAUUGCAAAUGGUCUGGCUGUGAGACCGCUGCCGUCAUGGGUUACGAAGGAACAGGAUCCAGUCGGCUCGCUAGCAGUGACUGCUCCCGUUACUCUCUUCCCUAGUCUGUUCCCUAGAAACUGCUUUGAGCAAGGCCUUGGCAUUCAGACGGCAUACAACGAGCUCUAUGCUGCCAUUGCAAGCGAUGAGACUUGGCUCAAGCAGAUUGUUGAGGAACUCGUCGAAGUGGAUGAUUUUAUUGCGGAGCUAUGGAAGGUUCACCAGGCCGUGAAGAAGGAAGGAUAUGUCCAGGGCAUCACUCUUGGACUGUUCCGUUCUGAUUACAUGGUUCAUCUCGAUCCUGCUCACUCUGAUGCCAAACCUACCAUCAAGCAGGUAGAAUUCAACACCAUUGCUUCAUCCUUCGGUGGACUUUCCACGCAGGUCUCAAGACUACACAAGCAUCUUCUCUCUAUGGAUGCCUAUCCGGAAGAGACUCAGUCAACCAUCAAUACUGCAUCUCUUCCUCCAAGCACAUCGGUUCCUUCGCUGGCUGGAGGUCUGGCUGCCGGCCACCAUGCUUAUGGUGCUUCGAAAAGUGGUUCUCCUCUUUGCGUCGUUUUUCUCGUUCAGGAUCCGGAACGCAAUGUCUUCGACCAGAGACAUCUGGAAUACACUUUGUACAAUGACCAUCAAGUCAGAGCUUUCCGUGUACCCUUCAACAAGAUCAUGUCUCAUACCAGAGUUGACGAAAAGCGAAACCUACUUUACACCCCACCCCAAACGCCUAACAAGACUUGGGAGGUUUCUCUGGUCUACUUCCGUGCUGGCUACUCACCUGAUGACUAUUCCGGCAAGGCCGAUUGGGACGCUCGUCUGCAUAUCGAGCGUAGCGCGGCCGUCAAAUGUCCCAGUAUUCUGACUCACUUGGCCGGCUCCAAGAAGGUUCAACAGGUGCUCGCAACACCCAACUCGCCUCAUCUUGCUCGCUUCUUGCCAGACAAGAACAAAGCGGCCGAGGUUCUCAAGACGUUUGCACCAAUCUACCCACUCGACAAGAGCGAAGCAGGUCUAGAAGCUUGCAAGCUCGCACAGAACCCAGAAACAGCGACGCGCUACGUCCUCAAGCCUCAGCGUGAAGGUGGCGGCAACAAUGUCUACCGCAAGGCGAUUCCCAAAUUCCUCAAGGACACUCCUGAGUCGCAUUGGCCGGCUUAUAUCCUGAUGGAGAUGAUUGAACCACCGGCACUGACCAACUCCAUUUUCCGGAACGGAGAAGUACAAAAGGGCGGUGUCAUCGGAGAACUGGGUGUAUAUGGUGUCUGCUUGUGGAAGACGAAGGGUGGUGAGGAUGGCAUACAAGAGAUGCUCGAGAACAAACAGGCUGGUUACUUGCUCAGGACAAAGGGCGACCAGAGCGAGGAGGGUGGUGUGGCAGCUGGGUUUGGCUCUGUUGACAGUGUCUGUCUUGUCGAUGCGUGA